AGACUGUGGCACUGACUAGGUUGACCAAAUCUAAUUCAUUUCUUUGUUGUGAUUAAACGUUAGCCGCUUUUGAAAUCUGCCUCACCGGUUGAGUUUAUAAACUAUUGAUAGUUCUUUGCAUCUAGGUGCUUAGAGGAUGAGUGGCGGGGUGUACGGAGGCGAUGAGGUCGGAGCGCUUGUGUUUGACAUCGGCUCGUACACGGUGCGCGCAGGCUAUGCCGGUGAGGACUGUCCGAAGGCGGACUUUCCGACGGUGAUCGGAGCGACGGUUGACCGGGAGGAUGGCACCGUUCCCAUGGAGACGGACGGGGAGAAGACCAAGCAGAGUGGCACCACCUACUACAUUGACACCAACCAGCUCCGCGUGCCCCGAGAAAACAUGGAGGUCAUGUCUCCCCUCAAAAACGGCAUGAUUGAAGACUGGGACAGCUUCCAGGCCAUUCUGGACCACACCUACAAGAUGCAUUUCAAGUCGGAGCCCAGUCUGCACCCUGUGCUCAUGUCCGAGGCCUCGUGGAACACCCGAGCAAAGCGUGAAAAGCUGACAGAGUUGAUGUUUGAGCACUACAACAUUCCCGCCUUCUUCCUGUGCAAGACUGCAGUCCUGUCAGCCUUUGCAAAUGGGCGCUCCACGGGUCUGGUGCUCGACAGCGGCGCCACGCACACCACAGCUAUCCCUGUGCAUGAUGGCUACGUCCUGCAGCAAGGCAUUGUGAAGUCCCCACUGGCGGGAGACUUCAUGAGCAUGCAGUGUCGUGAGCUGUUCCAGGAGCUCGCGGUGGAGAUCGUCCCACCCUACUUGAUCGCAUCAAAGGUGAGGGCAGCCAAAGAUGCUGUGCGUGAGGGGGCUGCUGCCAGUUGGAAGAAGAAGGAAAAGCUUCCUCAGGUCACACGCUCCUGGCACAACUACAUGUGUAAUUGUGUCAUUCAGGACUUCCAGGCCUCAGUUCUGCAGGUGUCCGACUCGCCUUACGAUGAACAAGUGGCGGCCCAAAUGCCCACCAUGCAUUAUGAGCUGCCUAACGGUUACAACUGUGACUUCGGAUCAGAGCGGCUAAAGAUUCCAGAGGGCCUCUUCGACCCCUCCAACGCCAAGGGCCUGUCUGGUAACACCAUGCUGGGAGUGGGACACGUGGUGACCACCAGUGUGGGCAUGUGUGACAUUGACAUUCGACCGGGUCUGUACGGAAGUGUGGUAGUGACUGGCGGAAACACACUCAUUCAGGGCUUCACCGAUCGCCUCACCAGGGAGCUGUCACAGAAGACUCCACCGAGUAUGCGUCUGAAGCUAAUAGCCAACAACACCACAGUGGAGCGCAGGUUUAGCGCCUGGAUCGGAGGCUCCAUCCUGGCAUCACUGGGAACGUUCCAGCAGAUGUGGAUCUCGAAGCAGGAAUAUGAAGAGGGCGGAAAGCAGUGUGUAGACAGGAAGUGCCCCUGAUCGCCACAGAGACGACCACUGCCUUUAAAACGCGACAAACCUCUCUGCUUGUCCACCCCACCGUACUGGACUCAGGAACAACACAAGGACGCGCCGUUUUAUAGUUUUUUAAAAACACAUCAGUCAAGAUUCCAGUCCUUUUUUCUUUAGAGUCUUUGCUAUUUUCUUAAACACACCUAGAUGCUGUGUUGUGAUCGCUGACCAUUUUCAAGGGUGACAGGUCUGACGGAAUUACCUGCAACUGGCCGCUCUGUCCCCUGUGAGAACUGGUCUUGUGUGAGCCACGUAUUAUGUUACUGUCGACUGAUUCCUCAACCCUGCGGUCACUGUCAGGAUGCAACCGACUUUUGAUUUCCCUGUUAGUCUUUUUGAAAAAUAAACGUUUUUAUUGCGAUGCCUUUUGAAUUUGAACAUUUGACACAGAUAAUCCCAGAGCGCUGUUGUACAAAAAGUCACCUGUAUUUAUUUAGAUGCUCAUGAUCAUAUCACACAUCAGACAGAACUCCAAUAAACAUGUUUCUCUUUUCACUGGUA